CUCCUACCAAGAGAGCCCGAGGCAGCGCCCAUGCAGAUGACUGGGUGUACCUCGCAGAGAUAUACCACAGUAUGGAAGAAAAGGAUGUGGUGCAAGGCCUGUUUGAGGACAAGAUUGCUGAGGCGUGUGCUAACUCUGUGAGGGAGGCUCUGCAGGUUGAGGAUGAGAGGCGUUGGAAGUUUGCUUUGCAGCUUUACACCCAAUCUCUGCCAAAAAGCAAAGACAGUCCUGCAGAGAACUUUCUGUACGAGGCUUGUUUCAAGUGCUUCGCUCACCUGUCAGAUUGGACAAAAUUGAAUGACACCUUGAAGAAAGUUCAGCUGGAGGGUGUACUAGAUGAUAUUUGGACUGAUGACUGGAACAAAGACCACCUUUUGCCCUGGCUGUUCCUGUCAGAGAUCCACUGUACGCAGAACACCAGUGUGCUGUCUGUGGCAGACGACUUCAACAGUGCCUUGUCACAAUGGCUGGCUGACAACCGGAAGUCUGAACAUAUCAGGUCACACCUGGGGGAGUAUCUGAGUGUCAUAGAAAUAGUAAAGGAUGACGUACAGCGAAGUAAGAUGACCUGCGAGAAUAGUCUCCUGCAGUUUCUGAGUACGUGGCAACAGUUGGACUCUCUUUCCAACAACCUGCGAUCCCACCACCUGCUCAGUUUGCAAUCCAUUAUGGACAUCCAUCACUUUCUAUCACUACCGUCCACUGCGUCAGGUGACUGGGCCAACAAAGUUAACCGCCUUCUGGAUCAGUGGAACAAGACUGACCCUACAGCCAGAGAUGAUCUCGUCGCCUGGGAGACACGGGCUGUGUAUAGGAAUAUAUUUGCUUCUAAACUGGAGCCCAGUGCAACAGUGGAGAGUCUCAAGAUGAAACUAAAACGUUUUAAGGCUGAAACUCAACUGAAGAUUGUGAAGUGUGCUUUGGAGCAGCGGAACUUUUAUGUCACCUCUAAGUACACAGGGAAAACUAAACACGAGGUGAGCGUUGUAGCAGAUAGAAACUGGUGGGAACUGUACAAUUCCAGAUGUUUUCUGCUCAGGGCUCAGCUGGAGCGGGAUCCCACCAGCCUUAAGGUGCAGAAGACUCUAAAUGCUUGGGAAGGCAUCAAGAGGUUACAAGGAAGAAAUUCAACAAUGGGCCUGGAGGCUUCGCUAAGUCUAGCCCUCCUUUAUCACACUGCCGAGUUCUACUCAACAUUGCUGUGUGUAGUACAGAAGGCUCCUGCUGUGGUGGACCAGUUGGCUGAAGAUGUGAGACAGAGGCUAGACCAGCACCUAGACCCUACAGCGGGGGAUAUCCCGUCCCAGCUGAAGACCCAAGUGUUCAACUGCUUGCAACAAGCUGUAGGAGUGGCCCAACGAGCCGAUAGUCUGGCCGACUCGUACUUUCAGACUGGUUCGCUUCUGUCACAAGCAAGAAGAUCCAAUGUACCAUGCUGAACUGAUAAAGUCACUGCUGAGGGCGAUGAAGCAUGGCUCAGCGGAGGCUCGAAGGCUCUUUCCUUGCUUAUUGGAGCUCCCAUUGCUUCUUCACAAGGAUCUGUUCAUCAAUGAAAGUAGCCAAGUACCUGAGUGGAUGUUUCUGACUUGGGUGAGUCAACUGUUGGCUAGCCUGGACACAGAGAUAGGGAGCGUGUUGGCACGACUGCUGGUACAGCUGGCCACUGUC